CGAAAUAUAGGUCGAUCGAUGAUUCAACGAUUAUCUGUCAGAUAUGAAAUUGAAUGAAUGAAAUUGUGUCUUUGUUUGUCAAAAGCGGUGGUGUGAGCGGGGCGUGUGUUUGUAGUGUUUAAAAUAAAACGUUAUUUAUUGUGUAGUUUUUUUAUAAUAUCAAAAUAUUUGUAUGUAGUGUCUUCGUUUUCUUGGCCAGAUUAAUACAAUUAAACAAUUGUUUCUUUGGCGGCAUUGGAUUUUUUAUAGUAAUUCACACUAUUCAAGAAUGCUUAGAGGAAGAGUAAAACAUUUACUACACUGCACAUUUUUCCUAUUAUUUAUAUUCAAUUUUCUUGUAUUUGCUGGAGCUAUACGUUUAGAUGACAAAGAAAAGGAAAAUUUUGAUCCUCUUGAAAGAUAUGGAGUACAUGGAGCAAUAAUUUUAUACCUAUUGAGGCUUUUUACCCUCUUAACAAUACCUCAAGUCUUGUGCAAUUUUGCCGGAUUGACAUUAUUCAAUGCCUUCCCUGGAAAUGUGAAACUUAAAGGUUCUCCAUUGCUUGCACCUUUCAUUUGCAUCAGGAUUGUGACACGAGGAGACUUUCCAAAAUUAGUAAGAGACAAUGUAACUAGAAAUAUGAACACAUGCAUUGACGUGGGGAUGGAAAAUUUCAUGAUUGAAGUUGUGACUGAUAAAGCAAUUAAUUUACCAAAGCACAGAAGAGUUAGAGAAGUGGUUGUGCCAGCUGAAUAUAAGACUAAAUCAGGUGCUUUAUUUAAAUCAAGAGCAUUGCAGUACUGUUUGGAAGAUAAUGUUAAUAUACUCGCUGAAAAUGAUUGGAUUGUGCAUUUAGAUGAAGAAACACUGUUGACUGAUAAUUGUGUGAGGGGUAUACUGAACUUUGUGCUGGAUGGUCAGCAUCAAUUUGGACAAGGACUGAUCACAUAUGCUAAUGAGCACAUUGUAAACUGGCUGACGACACUAGCUGAUAGCUUCAGGGUUGCUGAUGAUAUGGGAAAGCUACGGCUACAAUUCUACUUAUUCCAUAAGCCUCUCUUCAGUUGGAAAGGUUCUUAUGUUGUAACACAAGUAAGUGCUGAAAAGAAGGUGUCAUUUGACAAUGGGCUUGAUGGAUCAGUGGCAGAAGACUGUUAUUUUGCUAUGAAAGCCUAUAAAGAAGGCUAUACUUUUAAUUUUAUUGAAGGAGAAAUGUGGGAAAAGUCACCAUUUUCACUGUGGGAUUUCAUGCAACAAAGAAAGAGGUGGAUUCAAGGAAUACUUUUAGUAGUACAUUCUAAAGAAAUUCCAGUGUUACAUAAAAUCUUUCUGGCAGUAUCCUGUUACUCUUGGGUGACCUUACCACUAUCAACAAGCAAUGUUUUCUUAGCAGCAGUGUGUCCUAUACCUUGUCCACAAUCUUUGGACAUAAUAUGUGGGUUUAUAGGUGCUGUGAAUAUUUAUAUGUAUAUCUUUGGUGUGCUUAAAUCAUUCCCAUUACAUAGAUUUGGGCCAGUAAGGUUCUUUUUGCUUAUUGGUGGUGCUUUAGCUACCAUCCCAUUCAAUAUUAUAAUUGAAAAUGUUGCUGUGAUUUGGGGAAUGUUAGGUAAAAAGCACAAAUUUUAUAUAGUUAACAAGGAAAUUAAGAUACCAGUGACUGUAUGAUUUCUCUUGAAUAUAUUUCAUAUCUUUUGAAGGGUUUACUGAUUUUACAAUAGUAAGUGCACAGUACACUGAAGGACUAACUUUGCACUUACUUUGAAGUAUGAAUCAUUCAAACACACUGAAUCAUGUUAUGAUUGUUUUCACAAAGAUAAGAUAACAUGGUAUCUACCAAUAAGUUAGUGUGUAUGUUUGUUACCAAAGGAUCAAAAUUUUUUCUGUUUAUAUAUUAAAACUUCACUAAAUACUAAGCACAAUCUUGGAUAUUUAAAUGUAAAAUAAUAAUAAUAAUAGCUUUGCUUUUAUACCUUUCUACAAAUAAUUUAUUUUUGGAGACCUUGUUGUUUCAUAAUAAACAGUUAUAUUUUUUUUUACUCAAAUAUUGUAAAGGUUUAUGGUAAGCCACAUGUUAUUUAGUGUCAUUUUAGUUAGUACUUUGAAAAUAACAAAAGCAGAAUUAGUUGUGUUGCUGUACUUACAAAUCACUACUCAAUUUUGUUGAAAAAUAUUGAUUUGCAAAAUUUGCAAAUACUUUAAUUUGAUUAGUUUAUGUAAAUUGUGUGUCAUAACACUGCUUCGGAUUGUUGGCCACACUACUUGCUUAUAGUUUUAUAAUUAUAUUCUCGAUAGAGUUUUAAGACUCAGAUAAUAAUUUAUUGAUUGUUUGUAGGUAAUAUUUUACUCAUGCUGUUCUAGUUUUAUCAACAUUAUCUAUUAUGUAAUAGAUGUACAUAUAAAUUUGAGCUCAACAACUGUUAUAUGUGUGGGCAUAAAGACACACAUGUUUUAACAUUAUUUUGGCACCUGACUAGAUGUAUCAUGCUGAAAAAAACAUAAUAUUGUUGAUGCUAGUUUUCUCAGUUGAAAAAUUAUUUGAGAAGUCAUGAUUAAUGAUAGAAUGCAACAAUUUCCACUAGGAGUACUUAACCAACAUUGAAGUAGUUAAAUAGAUAUAAUUUAUGUGUUAAAGCAACUUUUAAUUGAAAACUGAAGUAUCAAAAGCUUUUUAAUUUUCUAUAAUAUUGUUAUUUUUUUAUUAUGUGAUGUGUGUGAUUUUGUGAGUUGCAUGUUUUUGUUCCAAAUUGUUAAUAAUUAUAUAAUGAUUGGAUGUCUUGCAUGGGAAGCACAUAGGGUUCAAGUUCAUUGAAAAAGUACAAUGUUUUAAAGUAAAAAGAUUUAGUAAUAUUUGGACUCAAAUGUAGGUUAUAAAAUUUAAUUGUUACAGUAGUAAAAUUUUGUUAAGUGUUGAUGAAUGAGUUCCACUUUUUUACUUGAACUAAGAUGCACACAGUAUUCUGUCCAGUAAAUUUUAAGUUCGUCAAUAAAUCAGAUAACAUGUUAUUGCUUUAAAACACUGCAUCUGACUAGUCAUGUAAAUAUUUAUGAAUAAAUAACUAGUUAUAACGUGUAGUAGUUUAGACGAAUAAGUAAUUACCAGUGUUAAUUGGGGUCUCUAUCUACUUAGUUUUUAUAGAUAAAAGUCAGGGGUCAACUCUGUUCAACCCAUUGUGAUGGUCUUAGUAUUCAAUUACGCAAUUACCUUCGUUAAUUAACAUAUUAGUUCAUGACAAAAGACAUGUGCCCAUUAUUGUCGUGAUAAUGAUUGAGUCUCUUUAUUUUAUUUGCUUAUAAAACAGGGCAGUAUUGCAUCAUUGCUGUAUAUUGCUGUGUUCGAAGAUCCAUCGACGUUGUAAAUUAGUCACAAGUGAAUACCAUUGUAACUUUGAUAUUUUUGUAUUUUGUUCUAUUUGAAUAAUAUUUUGAUGUCAUUGAUUGACAAACUAUGUACGUUUACGAACUUAAAUUAAAAUUUGAUAAUAUAAUGUACCUAAAAUUCACUUUGUACAUACAAAACACUUAGAUACGUAAAAUAAAUUUGAGCAUGCAAA